CGGCUUUGGUGAAGUAAAAGGGACAAACAGCAGGGAAAUGGCACCAGCGAUGAAAGCAAAAGCAAUGAUGAAUGCCUUUGCCUUCGGAAAAUUUUUCGCAAGCGACCCAUAACGACUGUUCUUCUGUCUGCUGUUUUUAAACCAUGAUGUCUAUUCGGCGACACUGACCAGACUCUAUGUGGAAGCAGGAGAAGAUAAACGUUGUUUUAUGAAAUCGCUGAAUUUUUUUUUCUCUCUACAAAUCGUCCCGCCCCCUUACGAUUCUUUAUACAUAGCAGCUAGCUCCUGCGUUUCUUCUUCUUUACAUCUUUUCUAAAUCUAUUAUCGUGUUUUAUUUACAAAAACUGUAUGCCAAGUGGAACAUCAUGAUGUCGAAGACGCUUUUUUUCCGGCGCGUGGUUGUCCUAAUCUACACCGCCUCCGCUCUGCCUGGGGCCCUUGCGAGGGGCGGUUGGGCGAGCAAUAUUUCUGGAGGAGUUGUGGAUUCUUGUUCACAGCCGGUGGUUGCACGACCUUGUCAUGUAGAUGAUCUGCGGAGGACCGUCGAACUAGGCGGGGUGGCUCUUCCCGCAGGUUGCCGGGCUGAAGGAACUUCUCAGCCGGCCGAGGAACCAGACGUCGGAGGACAGGGACAACAAGCAGGCGAGGAUCACAUCAAGAGCGCUAAUAUCCGUAUCCCGACGAGGACCCCGUCUCAUGGACGAGGACUCCAGGUCGGUGCACAGCACGAAGAAAGAAGAAAAAAACACGACUCAUACGGCCUGCUAGAGGCCGAUGCGCCGCCUCUGCUUGUUCAUCUGCAGCCGCCCGGAACAUGCAACUACUCUCUAGCAGAGCAGGACGAGCAGGCAAAGCUGCGCUGCGGCCUCAGUAGGGAUGAAGGGACAUUGUCUAGCUGUGCAUGUGCUCGUCCACGAGGACACGGCCAGGACGAUUCGGAGGAACAAGAUCAACAGCAUGAGUGCAAUAUGCUAGUACCAGCUUCGUCAACAACCACACGUGCUGGCUAUAAUUUUCUGGAUAUGUUGCACAAUCCACCUGUUGUCCCUCCUGCUGCUGCUGCACCUCAUGGAAAAUCAUACCCUAGUUCCAGUACUAGUGUUCCUCCGCGCCAGGGUCAGAGCGGCCCACAGGGUGAACGACGCGAGCUGCGUGAAGUAGAUGUAGAUCACGGCCGCCGGAGGUCGUCGUGCGCGGCCAGUUUACAUUCUGAUCCUGGGCCCAGGACGUCGAGGUCGACCUCCGCCUGGAGUUGUGAAAUAAGUGAGCCACCAGUUGCUGACGGCAGCAUCUUGCCGGCGCGACAGGAAGAACCACGACCGAGCGACAGCAGCAGCAGCAGAAAGAUAACCCCCACCGUAGAUGAAGAAAUACAAGUAGAGGCCAGUACCACCACCACGUCAACAAUCCCGGUCCGAAAUUCUCUGACCGGGGAGACAAUUCUGGAUUUUCCCAAGCAAAAACUACCUGCCCCGCCCGUCUUUCCGUCUCAACAUCUCGGUGCCGCCGUCCUUGCCUCGUCCUCGACCUGCUCUGCAGCAGUAGAGGCUUCUGCUUCUCCUUCUCCGCCGGCUGGAAAUAAAUUUAUUGGCUCUUGCUCUUCGUUGAAUUUUUUAUUACGAACCGAGUUUUAUACCGACGAAAGGGAAAAACAAGGAGCUACACGACGAGUCGGAGAAAUAAGCAACAGACAGUGCAGUAGCACUGCACAAACUUCUACGGUUCAAGACUUGAUCAACAGUGUUCGGGACCUGAAAUCCAUUGCUGCCUCGAGUGGCAAGGAGGUAAAGAUUUCAGCGACGUACGAAAGUGGAGGUCCUGCUGCACCACCGCAAAAAUCGCCCCCAUUAGGUCGUCCCAGCUUCCUGGACCCCCGAGAAAAGGUGGAUUUCACCGGAAAAACCAACUACUUCGCAACCAUCCUUCCCCAGACCCUGCUUGCGUCACACUUCCAAGAGCUGGCGAAUGACGCUUUAGUUGAGGACGCGGACUGCUUCUGGAAGAAGUUUUUCGGCGAUGAUGAUGAUGAUAUUGCAACAGGUAAAAAUGUUGUUGCGGACGAAGAUCUUCGUACAAAAACAAAACCAGCACCGGGGAGGUCGUCCUCACAAGGUCCACAACUUGAUGCCGGUCUCGGUGGUCCUGCACCUGCUUUUGUCUCCCCUGCGGAAGUCGAAUUCCACAGACAGCACGUGCUUUCCGCACUUCUUGAUGAAGGUGCAAAUGCGGACGUCGACGAAGCGCAAUUGCUCCCACGAGGACGACACGCGAUCACGACGGGGCAGCUGUUGCAGCGAUUCAUUCAGACGCAAAACUUGAUUCUAUCAAGUGUAAAAAUGUCUGGGUCUGGAAGAAUGCAACCUGUCAUGCUAAAUCUGAAGCAUGCAAAAAUCUGUGUUGCAUGAUUACCAAAAGUCGUCCUGUUUUGACCAAGUCGAGAGGGAGUUUCUCAUGCAGGAUAGGCAUGAGAAAGAUCGCACAGAAUCUGUCAUGCUAGGUCCUGCAUUCCAGACCUUAUGGGUCAUGGAAAAGCUGCAUGACAAGUCGCGCAUUCUUCCAGACCCAGACAUUUUUACAUUUGAUAGAUUCCAGAUGAAGACGAAAGGGCAGCAGUGAAAACCGCUUUGGAAACAGAUACCGGGGUGUUCCACAAAACUGCUCAACUACAGGACGUGUGCAAUAUUAAAAGUGAUGGCUCACCCUGGUCCCACCUUCAAGAUACUACCGGCGCCACGCUGGAAAUCUUUGCUAAAGAUGCGUCCUCCGCGAAAAUAAAACCGAGCGCAGAUGACGAGAUUUUUCAAUCUGCGAUUUGGUCCGAGACCUUACGGCAAGGUGGGGAUAGGUACAAAGACUUGUUGUACUACAAUUCUGGUGGUGAAAACAAGAUGAAACGGAAGUACCAGCGCGACGCAGAAGACAGUCCUCUCAUCCCGCCCACUUUUCUCAACCAACUCGCGAAAUUGUUGCAGCAGGAAAUUUUCGACGCUCCUGCUGUCCCGGAGUUUUCCGUGCCGAUCUUGCAUCAGAUACUGGGUGGAGAUGAUGAUGAAGGGUUGCUGAAUUAUGUUGGUUUCGAGGAUAGUACGACGAGGCCCGCCAACGCUGGUGCUGGACCAGCAGCAGACGCAGGGGGAUCUUUCAUCCGGAGCAGGCCGCCAACAGUCAAAUGGCGGGUGAAAGAGAUGGAGAUUCAUUCCAACACUGGAUUGAAUGACAUGGAAAUGGGCGAGAAUGGUAAGAUUUCGGCCCGCACAAACAGGUACAGGACGGACCCGCCAAUCACCGUUGAGGAUUUCGUAUCCUGUGCAAAAGUAUCGUACUAGUAGAAACCAGCCAUGCUCCGGCUGCCGCCGGAGCGCAAGGCUGUUGGGCCGGGGCAAGACUGUUUGCCGAUCGGACCACAACCCCGCGGGCCUAUGCACAACGAAACAUAUUGCGCCUCGCCAACCCGCAGGACCACUUGCGCGCUUCCCGCGCCUGUGGGCGCUCUGCGCAGGGAGCAGCUGCAAAGAACACCGGGGGCGAACAGAAGCCGCCCGGCGGGAGAGGGUAGCGCGAGAGGGUGGCGCGAGAGGGUGCGCGAGAGGGUGGCGCGAGAGGGUGGCGCGAGAGGGUGCGCGAGAGGGUGGCGCGGAAAGGCGCCGAACAAAACAGCUCCGCGAAUGGCCUGCAGUGCCAAAUAUGGGUAGUGCCAUGCGGAUUCGCGCCCGCUUCUUUGUGUUUUACCCUCUCGCAGACCUCUCGCAGACCCUCUUUUUGGCCUCUUUUGGGGGUCCCCGCUAAUAAUCCGGCUAUACUCGCGGGUAGAGGUCGACAGAGGUGGCCGAGAGGUGGCCAAGAGGGUCCGCGAGAGGUCGCCCCUUAUUCGCGCCACCUCUCGCCACCUCUGUCGACCUCUCGCGCCCCCUCUUUUUGACCUCUCUGCACCCUCUGUGCCACUUAGGCGGCGCCUAAGGGUGGGCCCUUACUGUGGGCCUCAUUCGCGCACCCUCUCGCGGACCCUCUCGAACGGGGUCCCGCGCCACCUCUCCACCUCUGUCGACCUCUUUUCUACCUCUGUCGACCUCUUUUUUACCUCUCGGCCACCUCUCUGGGACCCUCUGUCUACCUCUUUUUUCGCAUUAAUAUAAUGUAUAAGUAAUCGCAAUACAAAUUUCCUUAGCAUUAAAAAUAAAGUUUGUAAUGCGGAUUUGCCUUACGAAAAAAAAUUGUAAUGCAUGACUGCGAUGAGUACGAGUAGUACGAUACUUUUGCACAGGAUAUUUCGACUAUGAAUUCCGCCGCAGACUGUUCGACAAACAGAUGUGGGACUUUGUAUGCAUUGCAAAAAUGUCUGGGGCUGCUGGAAGGUAGUAGCAACUUGUGAUGCGGAUUGUGGAACGAACAAUAACAAAAAUCUGCGUUGCGUUGUCACCAAAAGACGUCAGAUUUUUGUGUCCACGAUCGGAUUGUAUUUCUCAUGCAGACUAGGCAUCAUGGAGAGACCUUCGCAGAAUUUGUCAUGCUUCGCAUGCAUUCCAGACCUUCUUUAUUCAGAUGCAAAAACUGCAUGAAGAAAAUUCUCCAGUCCCUCUCCUCGUCGAGACCCAGAUCGAUGAUUUGCCAUGCAUACUUCGCCCUGAACGACAACAGCCUAGACACCCGCGUGAUUCGCAUUUUUGGCCCCUAUAGCGAGGACGUCGAGACCCAACUGCGCGGGCCGCGAGUCCGCAGUGACAAAGUCUACGUCUCGGUUGCUUACACGACCAAAAUAUCAAGUGCAAAAAUGUCUGGGUCUGGAAGAAUGCAUGUUUGUCAUGCUUGUCUGGCAUGACUCUUAAAUCUGUCAUGCACGUUACCCAAGAGCUCCAUUUUUCUGUGAUGCAGGAACGCAGUUUGUCAUGCAGAAUAGGCAACACCUAGAAGCUCAGAAACUUGUCAUGCUGAGCCAGCAUUUGUGGCCUCAUCAUGAGACGCCACCCAGCAUCACAAGUUUCCAGACCCAGACACUUUUACACUUGAUACAAAUUUGACGUGGAGAGGCUGCGAGACCACCCAGAAUACGACUACUCGCACCAUUUUAAUUUCAAAUCAGACCUGCGCCCGCCGGUGAGUCAUCGGUGGAGCGGGCAGACGCUGAUUUUCACCUACCGUUUCGAUUUCAAGCACCACCGUGGCCGGAGCGAAGCGAUAGCGCGUCGGCAGCAGAUACCGGAAUGGGUGCGCGGAGCUGAGUAUCAACUGCAAAUAUGUCUGGGUCUGGAAGAAUGCCUGACUUGUCAUGCAGGUUUUCCAUGACCCAUGAGGUCUGGUAUGUAGGACAUAGCAUGACAGAUUUUGUGAUAGUUCUAUGAUGCCUAUUCUGCAAGAGAAACUGCAUCUCGAUUAGGUCACAAGUGGACACCAGCUUUUGGUAAUCAUGCAAUACAGAUUUUUACAUGAUUCAGAUUUAGCAUGACAAGUUCCAACCUACUUCGAGAGCCAGACAUAUUUGCAAUGCAUACCGAACAAGUGCAGGCGGACGAUGCAGAGUCGGAACGAGAGCGAAAAAAUCAGGCGCUACGAAAUGCAAAUAUGUCUCGGUUUCCUGGAAGGAUGUUGCAAGGUUUGUCAUGCUUGUCUGGCAUGAGUAAAGAGUUUGUCGUGCGUGUCCAAGAAAAGACGCUGUUGCUCGUUAUGCAAAAACGCAGUUUGUCAUGCGAGAACCGCAAUAACAAAGCCUCGCAAAUACUUCUCAUGCUUGGCGGUGCAUUACAGAGCAUUCGCUAUAAUUCGCAGCCCAGCAUUACAAGGUUCCAGACGACCCAGACAUAUUUGCAUUUGAUAGGAGUUCUACCAAAACAAACUUCUCCCGCGAAUCUCCGGCUUCCAACUUGACGCCUUCCCGUCACGGUACGACUUUUAUUCCGUCGACCGGCUUACGGGGAAGAGCGAAAUCCAGUCUAUCACAAGAAAAAGCGUUAACAUUAACGGUUUUCACAGAUUACAGUCAUGCAUCACAAACGUAGCCCAACAUGCAUGCUAUGCAUGACAAAUUCUGGCACGUCUUGUGAUGCAUUUCUGCAUCACAAAUUGCGUUAACGUUAACACUUUUUCCUGUGAUACAGUCGGGGAAAAUGCAACGGUUGCGUCUCUGGUUGGAAAAUGGGCCGGAGGAUCAGGACGCGAGCCCAGGGUUUGACUAAAGAAUACAACUAUGUAUUGGUGAGUCGAAUAGUUGGGAGAUUUACAACCCUACCUGAUGGACAAAGGAGGUCCUAGUAAAGCUACUUAUUCGCAAUUGUAUAGCUCCUGCAUAUUGUUAUUUCCUUUUUUUAGCAUGGUCAUCCAUAAUGAGAUUUUGGUGCAAAAAAAGAAACCCUGCACAACUUCUUCCCACAAUAUUUUGCGAAAAGAUUUAUAAUUGCGCCAAAAAUUUUGUGCUCAUUUUGGUGUUUACCAGUACCGCAACAUUCUCUGGCCCCGCAUGCAGAUAUGACUCUUUGUCAUCCUUUGCAGGCAUGUGCCCCACCAUCAAUC